UUCAAAGGGCCACAAAUCAAGGCUAAUCAAAGGGUGCAAAAAAUAAUAAUACUAAUAAUAAUCAUCAUCAGCAGCAGCAGCUAUGAGCUCAUACGUAGCCAAUUCAUUCUAUAAGCAAAGUCCAAAUGUUCCUGCCUAUUCCAUGCAAAGUUAUGGGAAUUAUGGAUCUGUAUCCGAGGUCCCUUCAUCCAGGUAUUGCUACAGUGGGUUGGAUCUGAGCAUUACAUUCCCAUCUCCUGGUUCUUCAAACUCUCUAAACGGUCUGGAAAUGCCUUCAAACCCCACAAGUAACUCUGACCGGCCCUCCUGUACUGUCAUGGGCUCUGCUGGGCACACUCUGGGCAGAGGAGAUCAGGGUGCCCUAAGCCCUGGGAUUUACAAUCAAAAAACCGGGACCACUUCGUUGGAGGACAGAUCUAAAGGGAUUGAGAACAUCAAAGCAGAGCCGGUACAAAGCACCCCACAAGGACAGCAACAACCCCAGCAGGGGCAGCCACAGCAGCAGCAGCAGCCACCCCAAAUAUACCCCUGGAUGACCAAACUGCAUAUGAGCCAUGAAACUGAUGGCAAACGUUCCCGGACGAGCUACACUCGCUACCAAACCCUGGAACUUGAGAAAGAAUUCCAUUUUAACAGAUACCUGACUCGUCGCAGGCGCAUCGAAAUCGCCAACAAUCUAUGUUUAAACGAGAGGCAGAUCAAGAUCUGGUUCCAGAACCGAAGAAUGAAGUGGAAGAAGGAUUCCAAAGUCAAAAGCAAAGACUCCCUUUAAAAAAGGAACCUCGAAGGAGCUUCGAUAUUUAAUCUUACUUUUACUACAUCUACUUUCAGAAACUUUUUAUUUUCCCUUUUUUUGGUAUGAGGGGGAGGUGGAAGAGAUCAAAGGAAGGUAAAAUCUUGACUGAUCUCCCAUAAGAUCCCCCCCCACUCAUGUAUAGAUAGUGUAUAGACCUGUAUUUUGUCCAUGAAGUGUAUUCUUUUUUUGACCAAUUUGAGUCUCAAGGUGGAGUAAAAAAAAAUUCUCUAGGCAGCUCCUUGCUUCAGUUUACACGUCCAGGCUGUAUUGUAUAGACUUGCAAUCUGUCCAGGGUCAAGGAAAGUUCUUUAGAAAAAAAAAUGCUAAUUGGGCUACUGGGCUGAAAGGGCAGGGAAAGUGUGGCUGUAUUAUAUUGUGCUUAUUAUACUAGGGGGGUCGCUGACCAGUUAGAUGGGGGGAAAUAUAAAGGGAAAGGGCACAAGGCUAAAGUUUCAAGCUGAAACUUUCCUAUUUGUUAUAUAGAGUAUUGUAGGUACACACUAGACUGUGUGUACAUCCUGAUAUUCCGUCCAUGCACUUGUAUAGUCCCCAUAAUGUCACCAUUAUUCCAAGUGAACUUGUUCUUUUAUGUCCCAUUGAUAGAUAGCAUUUCUGUUCUCUUUUCUUUUGGGUCAGAACCGUCCACAUCUUCUGCCACUCCGGUACACUAUGGUAUCAUUUGUCUUUUUGUGCAGGAUCCAUUACCAUGGAGGGGCAUGAUGGAGGGGACAGUAGGACUUGUUUUUUUUUUUUUAAAGUGUAAUUUAUUGUAUUUUGUUGUUGUUUUUUUAUGCUUUUAUUUCCGAGUGUAUAAAGCCACGAUUUGUACGUCAUCGUUUUAAUAUCCUUCCUAGUCAGUUCUACUCAAUAAUGUAAACUCAUAUAUUUAUUGCUUUCAAUUUCAUAUGUGAGAAAUCAUGAAUCCUAUAUUUUGUCAUA